AUGCACAUGGCAGAGAGGAAUGAUGUAUUAGUGACAAUUGGGGAGGAGAGCGCAAUUUGGGAUCUUGGGAAGACGGACAAGAGAAACCAAGCACCAGUGUUACUGAAAUCUUCCAAGGUCCAGCCUAGCAACAAGCCUCAUCCAGUCUCUUGCUUUGCACUUUCUUCUGCGCUGUCUUUCCUUGCCAUCGGCUUGGCCGACGGGACGGUGCUACUUUACAGGCAUCUGGACCAGCCAAUGUCUUCCACAACGUCCCUGACUACACUCCCUAAUACACGCAUCAUCCAUGAAUCAUCCCCUGAAUCUAUCACUGGCCUUGGUUUCCGAGAAUUUUCGGGUCCCACUAAUGCCGAUGCUAAGGAUAACAACUUGCACCUUUUCAUUGUGACUACGAACUCGGUAUACUUGUACCACGUGUCCGGCAAAGGGGGCAGAGUAUCCAGCGUGUUACUAGACGAUAUUGGAUGUGGACUGGGAUAUGUGGUGAUGGAUUGGCGCGCCGAGAACAUCGUGCUUGUGAGAGAUGAGGAAGUAUACACGUAUGGUUUGCAGGGGAGGGAGCUGCCAUAUGGUUAUGAAGCACGAGUGGCAGGUGGUGACGGUGAUGCGUCGAGGGUGACUGCAUUUGACAUGGAGAAUAAGGAUAUCAGAGAGGUGAUCUCGGAGUGGGGAAAUAUUUGCAUUCUCACAAAUAAUGGGCAGAAUUGUGCAUUGCUUUUUAAUCCGACGUCACUGCCCUUGCAAACUCUCCAUGCUGUACGCAAAGGCUCUAUACCCACUUGCACUGAGUCUCGCGCAGACACAACACCUUGGCGAGAGCUACGUGAUAUUCACCGUCAGCACGGUGACAACCUCUACACGAAAGGAGAUUGUGAUGGCGCGAUGACGUACUAUCUGAAGGCGAUAGAUUGGUUGAAACCGAGCUACGUCGUUAGAAAACACUCUUCCACCACUCUUCUGCUUAAUACCUACACCAAACCCAGAGACGUUGCACGCUUAGACAGUUUCAUUAAAACAGAGUCUCGACGUUCUGGUGCGGCAGAGUCGAACGGCGACCUUCCAUUUGACCUGGACUGUAGGCAGGCAGUAUACUUUACUCAUGCCAGCUACCUUGCGAAGCGCUAUAAGCGACACGAAGAAUACUUGAGGGUUAUGGUUGAGGAUGCUGGGGAGUAUGAGGAAGCAUUAACAUAUUUGAGACACUUGGGAGCAGCCGCGUCGAGCACACCAGCAAACGCUCCAUCGUACCUUGCCCUCUCCCGUGCACCCGCACCUGAAGAUAAAGUUGAGGAAUCCAAAGCGGACAAAGAGGACCUCACAGGGCCUCAAACAACGCAGCCAAGCGCACCAACACCAUCCAAAGAGAAACUGCCUUCCCCUACACUCUAUUUCGCGCAUUUUGUUGAUCACCCGUCAUAUUUUGUCCGUUUCCUAGCAAGCGUAGCUGCACGUUGGUGGGGACAGUCACUCCUCUUUCUUUCAAACACUAGUUCGGAUAACAACGAAGACCUGGGGAAGCACAAUCAGGCAGCAGUUUGGAACACGUUGCUUGAGCUCUACCUUGACGGGGGCUCUCCAGAACAACAAGAAAAGGCACUCAAAAGCAGCUACAGCUAUACCCGAGGUCUGGUCAUACUUUGGGAGAAGCUGGGCAUGUUUGAGGACAUUUUACGGUUUUGGAUGGACAAGCACAAUGCGAAUCUUCCGCGUCAACAGAGCACGCCGGAGCUGCUCACGCGGCACCAGGCGGAUGUAGAGAAGAUUCUGGAACAUAUCGAGAAGGAGCGGAUAAUACCUCCGCUUGGUGUAGUCCAGAUACUGAGUAGGAAUGGGGUAGCGAGCGUAGGCCUCGUUAAGGACUGGCUGAUGGGACACAUCAAGGAGGCAAAGGAAGAAGUGCAAACUGUCCAGCAACUGAUCAGCUCCUACCGGCUGGAAGCGAAUGCGAAGUUGAAGCAAGUGGCUGAACUAGAGGGCCCCAUGCAUGCAAAGGGGUCCCUGCUAGACCACGAAAUCGAAUGCCCGCUUUGCGUACGCCAACAUGGAAUCAUCCAGGAGAUUCGGGGGAAUCACGAGAUCAAACACGAGCUCUUCCUCGCGGAUGUACAAGAUAAUGGGUUUAAAGCGGUUGCGGCUGGAUUUGGCAAGGGGGUGCUAAAUAUGACUCGGUUGGACGAUAACCGGUAUUGCGCCGUGCCAUACUUCUACCACAUGAUCUGCAUCUAUUAUGGUAUUCAAUAA